CGUGCAAAUAAACGUGACUAAAAUGUUAUCAUAUCACGUGAGCCAUUAUCUUUCAAAAAAAUUUUGACAAAUUAAAGAUAAAUCAAUGGUAAUUAUUAAUCCAAGUUAAUGCAAAAUUUAUAUCUUUUAUAAGGUUAAAAUUUGAUAGAUAUAGUCAUGACUGCUACCGAGAAACCAGUAGUAUUAACUACUGAACAUUUAAACCAUCUUAAUGAAAAAUUACAGCAUUUAAAAGCGGAACAAAUUAUAGAGUGGGCUUAUCUUACAUUUCCAAAUUUAUAUCAAACUACAGCAUUUGGAUUAACUGGAUUAGUAACGAUUGAUAUGAUUUCUAAAUUAAAACCUUCAUCUGAUUCAAGUGACGAUAAUAAACAUAUAAUAGAUUUAAUAUUCCUUGAUACUUUACAUCAUUUUCCCCAAACUUAUGAAUUAGUAGAUAAUAUUCAAAAGAAAUAUAAUCCCAAAAUUCAUAUUUACAAACCAUUAAAUGUUGAUAAUGAGACGGAAUUUUCUGAAAAGUAUGGUGAUCAAUUAUGGGAAACCAAUGAUUCAUAUUAUGAUUUCUUAGUAAAAGUUGAACCAUCUCAAAGAGCUUAUAAAGAAUUAAAUGUGGUAGCGGUAUUGACUGGUAGAAGAAGAACUCAAGGUGGAGCUCGUGGAGAAUUACCCGUUAUUGAAAUAGAAGAAACAAGUGGUACGAUAAAAAUAAAUCCCUUAUUCAAUUGGAAUUUCGCUCAAGUAAAGCAAUACAUUGAUGAUAAUAAAGUUCCAUAUAAUGAAUUAUUAGAUUUGGGUUACAAAUCAAUUGGAGAUUGGCAUUCCACCGUUCCUGUAGCCGACGGUGAGGACGAAAGAAGUGGAAGAUGGAAGGGUAAAGCAAAAACGGAAUGCGGAAUCCAUCAAACCAGUAGUUUCACAAACUAUUUAAAUGCUGUAAAUAGUGAAUCAGUAGCAAAAUAGGUAUAAUAUAUAAAUGUAAAUCGUCAUAACAAAAAUUCCGCGUUA